CUCGGGGGGAGAAUCUUACGUAUUAUUAGUAUUAAUCAUGCCUGAUUACACGUAGUUUACUUGCCAGCUCGCUCCACAAAUCAGAGUUAACGCCCUCAUUCAUUGGCCAUUGCCGUUAGCACAUACGCCGUACGUCGCUGCGGCCUCUCAUUUAAUGGGGCUUCUCUACAGCGAUCCGCAUGAUUAUUGGUCGCGCUGCGUCUCGCUGGUGCUCCUGCGGCUGCUGAUGUUGUUGUUGUGGUUGUCGCCCGCUGCUGCUGCUGCUGCUACUGCGCGGUUCGAUGGUCUCUUUUGCGUGUCAACCGUCGUCAUGUCCCGAUUUGUGCAGGCGCGAUCGCCAUGUCCCCGAUCCCGUUGCUGUAUUUAUUGCUCGUUUUGUGACCAAUGAAAUGAGUCUUCUCGCGCGAUGCCACAAGUGAAAUGUACCGAAUUUCAUCAUCACGGCAUCCUACAGUCGAUCCCUCACAAGUUUGGUAGGCAGCUGCCAGCAGUGGAGUCUUAUUGUCGCUCCUCGGUGGGAAGACAAGGAUCUAAAUAUGUGAUUCUGUGUCCCCCCAGCUUGACCAGAUCUUUCGGUCCAGUUCCGAGUCUGAACUAUGCAGACGGCAGGCAGAGUCGGAGGUACUGCAUCCUCCUGAAUCCAGGCCCCAGCCUGCGUCGGAGCAGGAGCCGCAGAACGACGACUCGGUCAACAUGUCAAACAUUUGCAAUAGUCCCGGAGUGUAUUCAGCACUUCCUCCCGUCCCUUCCAUUUGUACAUACACUGUUUUCGAUGGGUUCCUCGUGCUCGAAUCAGUUCGCAAAAGGACGUCGGCCAGAUGGGCACAUCGGUUUACUUUCAACAUUCAAAGGCUCAGAAUUAUUUGUACUUUCUUACUGUUUCUUGCGUUGUGAUGUGUGCCAUGGAUGUAUGAUUUAGACUCUUACUUUCACGAUUCCUUAACUUCCUGACUCGAAUUCAAUGGAAUGGCAAAUCAAGGGGAGCUUUGACUAUGCAUUGUGCGUGAUCCAUUGGAGAAAACUUUCGGAAGAUCUCAACUGUUUGAAAAUGGAAGCUCCAGUCGGCGGAACUGCAAUAAUUGAGUGUGUACAAGAGACAAACUAAUAGUCUAAUAUUCAUACGAGCUACAUAGUACAUGGGCAUAUUAAGUCCGUUACUUCCAUACUACAUCAAUCUCGUAUUACCAUAAAUAUCUGCAAGGAAUUGCUCACAGGCUAUUCCUUGAAUUGUUAAUAUCGUU